GGGUGUUAUUGGCCACAGAGCCCCAGGCAUCGGGGCGAUGCUAGGAGUAGGAGGGAUCCAUCACUGAUGUCUGCGACGUGCCAGCAAAACACUAUAGAUCUCGCUCGCCUUCGUCGGCUUCCUCAUCCUCAUCCUUAUUUAUCCACUACACAGGUAUUCAAACUUAACAUAAUUUUUAACACUUCAGAUCAAUCAAACCACAAUGCCUGAUAAUUCAGUGCUGAUUUGAGCUGUGAACCUUUGCAUGCUUCCAAUAGAGUCAAAUCUUCUCUUUCAAUUUGAUUUUAGAAGAACAGGUUUGUUAGGUAUGGCUUUGUUUUCUCGUUUCGAGCACCAGAAGCUAUGCGCAUCACUUCCUCGAGACACACAAAACUCUGGCACUAGUUAAUUUGAGCUCAGACUGGUAUUCGAACUUGGAUUUUCUCAUUCUUAGAAGUUAGAAGAAACUACAAUAAUGGCUAAAAGCUUAGAUCGUUUGGAAGGUGUGUUGCCUGAAAUCCUUUCAAGAUUGCCAGUGAAAUCUUUAAGGUGAUUUGCAUGCUUUUGUAAAUCGUGGUACCACCUUAUCAAAAGCCCAUACUUGAUCUCCAGACACCUCACCUUCAAUAACCAAAUGAACUUGACAGAUCCUACUAAUCUCCUCGUUAACAGCAUUGGUCCUUCUGGUUUUAAUUGACAAGUUUUCAUGUUUCUCCUCUGUCGAUCCAGUAAGGCACAGCACCUCUCUCGAUCAACUGGAUUUAAUCUAUACCCAGAAUGAUGUUACCCAUUUAGAAAUUUUGGGUCCUUGCAAUGGCUUAUACUGUCUGUCUCUAUUGUUAUCCCAUCCCGAUUAUCAAUCCAUCCAUCCAUGAGAGAGUUCAGAAUUCUUCCCGAUUUCUCGGCCCCACCCAGAAGUUACUGCAGGAAACACUAUCCUGGGUUUGUAUUCGACCCCAUAACUAAUGAUUACGAGGUGGUUAUGAUUGUGGAAGAAACAGAUCAUGAACAAUUGCAUUGGCGUGUUGAGAUAUACGCCCUUAGUUCUGAUUGUUGGAGGAUUGUUGAUUGCCCUCUUCCACAUGUUUCCAUUUGGAAUGGGUCUUGGAUGGAUGCUUUUGUUCACGGAGCAUUUCACUGGUUGGCCUAUGAUGCUGCUGGUAAUUUAAUUCGUGCAUUCGACAUGAUGAGCCAAACAUUCCGAAAAAUCAGGCAGCCAAAUGUGAGGUCUUAUACACAGGAAUAUACUGGAACUGUUGCUAAGUUUAGGGAAUCUAUUGCUGUGAUUGUAUAUGCUAGCAGUGGAACUGAGAAGAUCUUUGAUCUGUGGAUGAUGGAAGACUAUAGCAAUGAAGGGUCUUGGACCAAACACCCCACCAUUGGACCCAUUGUAGGAGAGGAGCGGCCAUUGGGAUUCUUGGAAGGAAAGAACCUGUUUCUUUUGGAAAUUGAGUAUGGAAGCAUGAUGUCUUAUGAUCUCCAAACUGAAGAAAUCAGAUAUAGAGGAUUUCGGUGUGGUUAUGGUGAUGAGAUAGGUUCCAUACAGGUUGCAGUAUGCUCAGAGAGUCUAAUUCACUGCCAAGAGAUAAUUAAAAUGAAAACUCCCAAGCAGGAGUGUCUUUCUUUGGGUGCCAAUUGGGUCAGAUGGAACUUACUACAUGAAGCAGGCUCGAACCAUACAAAAAAAAAAUCCUUGGGCUAUUCUUUUAGGUUAUGCUUGCUGGAAUGCCUGGGUGGCUCAGUGUAGAAGGGCUUUUGAUUCAGAGAUUGAAGAGCCUAGCCCAAAUGGAAUGUCCAGUCCCUUCAGGGCAAUUAUUGACAGGAAGCUGAUGAACAAAUGCUCUCUAUAUGGUGGCCAUAAUCCAAACUUGACUUAGACAUGCUUUGAGGAAGAGGAUUUUACUAAGCUUUUUAUUGAGGGAUCAGUAACUCAGGAAGGAAGCUGUGGAUGUGGCAGGAUUUUGCGUGAUGUUCACAACAAUUACAUUUGUGGUUUCAGUUCUAAGAUUAUUAUGGUUCCCCCUGUUAUUGUAGAGCUCAUUGGCAUCAUACAAGGUUUAUAUUUAUGUUGGGAA